AUGUCUUUACUACGACUGACCCCCCGCCGCCCGCUGGCCGCCCUCUGCGGCGCGCCCGUCCGUGCUCUUUCCACCACCCCCGUCAGGCACUCCAGCGGCUCCGGCGAUGCAACAACAGCCCUCUUCAACACCGUAAUGGCCGAUGCGGGCAUCGACCGCCAGAGCCCCCUCCGCCGCCGAGAGCCAGCCCGCCAACCGCAGCCGCAAGCCCGCGAGCCAGCCACUUCCACGCCCGAGCCGGCGCCGUCGAGGGCUUCAUACGCACGAGACAUCCUCAGAGAACACAGAAGCACCGCCGAACACGUCGACUCUCUCCGCCUCCGCGCCGAUCUCGAGCUCCAGUCGACGCGUCGCUGGCAGGUUGGCGAUGUCUACGCGCCGCACGACCUCACCGGCGUCGAGGCCAAGAAGUGGAAGCGGUCGAAGCGCACUCCCAACGUCGACGCCUUCGAGACGCUGGGACUGAACCCGCUGAAGGAGUACAAGAACUUCGCUAUCAUGUCCGAGUACAUCACCGAGCUGGGCCGCAUCAAGCACUCCAAGCACACCGGCCUCAAGCCGAGGAAUCACCGCAAGAUGGCUAAGGCGGUGCGGAGAGCAAUUGGCAUCGGCAUCAUGCCCAGCGUUCACAUCCACCCGGAGUUGAUCAAGCCCUCGCAUGGCGCUACAUACUAG